CGUCAAUCGGCCGACGAAGGUGUUGCAUCAUCAUAGAGCAUCCUGGCAAGCACAGAUGAUUCAUAACCCUUCGCCAUCACAACGCUUCCACAAAGCAUCUUGACAUAUACAUGCGCAUCCCCUCCAUCUCCAUACUGAAACGAUCCAUCAUGACACAAGCCCUCAGCGAUUCCUGGGUCCCCUUCACCCUCGUCGACACCACCCAAUACAACCACAACACCCGCAAGUACCGAUUCGCCUUUCCCGAUGGGGAAGACAAGGUGAUCGGAGGUGAGGUGGCGAUGGCGUUGGGUAUCAAGCCGGAAGAUGAGCAUGAUAUCAAGGAUGAGAAGGGGAAUCCUGUUAUGCGACCUUAUACACCCAUCUCUCCUCCCGAGACCAAGGGCCACGCAGACUUCCUGAUCAAAGAGUACGCCAACGGCAAAAUCUCACCUUACCUCGCCUCCCUCAAGCCCGGAGACACCGCUCUCUUCAAGGGCCCCUUCCAGAAAUUCGUCUACCAGCCCAACACGUUUGACCGUGGACUCUGUAUCUCUGGCGGUGCUGGUAUCACCCCGUUCAUUCAGCUCAUCAGGCAUUCGCUCAAGAAGACCGAGGACAAGACCAAAUGGACGCUUUUGUACGGUAAUGUGACAGAGGAGGACAUCUUGCUUCGCGAAGAAUUCGACGAGUUGCUCAAACAGCACCCCGACCGACUCGUGAUCCACCACGUCAUCGAAAAGCCCUCUUCCUCCUGGACCGGCGACAAAGGCUACAUCACCGCCGAGACCAUCCAAAAGGCGUUCCCCCGCCCCGAGGGUAGUCAGGAGACAGUGAGGGCGUUCGUGUGUGGGCCGCCGGGGCAGAUGAAGGCGAUUUGUGGGAUGAAGAAUGGGAUGAAGCAGGGGACGUUGGAAGGGGCGUUGAAGGAUAUUGGGUAUGAGCAGAGCGAGGUGUUCAAGUAUUGAGCAUGCAGAGUGAUAGAAGUAGGAUAUCAGAAGUAUACAGAUGCACC